AUGGCUGUAAGCAGACUAUCCAUUGUUAAAUUCCUGGAGUUGGCUCUAACAUGUGCGUGUGUGGCGCUUCAUUACCACAGUUACAACGGUGAACCAGACACGGGCAUGCUCGUGACGGGAACCUUCAUAGGAUACCUCAUUAUAUUCGCGGGAGCCGCGGCUGGGUAUGUGAUGCAGACUCCAUCACACAAACGUAUAGACAUCUUCUAUUCGUUGGUGGGAGUUGCACUCUUCGUUGCAAGUGGUGCUGUGCUUAUUGACAGAUACCAGAAUUCGUUUAAGAGUGACUUCAGAGACAAAAAUCUAGCAAAGGCUUCACUCUCAAUUAUCAACGGUGCAAUACUUCUAGUUGAUGCAGUGUUGACACAACGCGGCGGAUAG